UCCCCCGCUCUUCACUUCUCUUCUUCCCAUAAGCACAAUUCAAUGAUCCAAGGAUGGAAAAUCAGGUCCUUCUCCAUGCAGAAGCUCAUGCCGCAUUUUGCAGCCACUUCAUUGAAAUCAAAGAGGGGUUGUUGAAUUAUGUUACUCCGAAGUGUCAAGGCACAAAGAUGAAAAGAAAAGAAAUAAUCAUUUAUAUUUGGGAAUUGGGAGAUUAAUUUGAGUUGCUUUGGUAUGGGAGUGGAGAGGUGCAUCCGGUGGAAAAAGAUGUCCAUGAGAAUUGCAGCUUACUCAACGUGGCUAAUUUCGAAACAGUAGGGACACAAGUAUAUAAUAUGGCAAAUCUUAGGAAAACUUUGAUCUGUGCAGUCAGUGAAGAUGCAGAAGAAUCGUUCAAAAAGACUGUAGAAGUAGAUAGGCUGAUAGAUAUGCUGAGGGAUGCAAAUCCAAGAGAACUUCAGAAGCUCGUCAUUGAAAAUGUCCUUGCUUUCAAUGAGGGAUUUUGGAUACGCCUUGCAGCUAGAACUGAUACCUGCAAAUCAGAGGAUGAUAAAAAAGAUUACAAGGAAUUGGCAACAUCAGUGAUGAGCAUUGUGGAUUGUCUUGUCCACAAGACUAAUGAAAGAAUUGAAUCAUCUACUGACGUUCUCAAAGCAAUUUUGAAACCUGUAGUUGAUGAGGAGGAAGAGAUUUCAUGGCCUCCUAGGGAUCCUGAUGCGCUCAAGCUAAUGGAGAAAGAGAUAAUCCAAAGGGAACAAGAAGGGCAACUAGAUGAAGGAUUCCUUGCCGAAGUUAGUGCACAACUACGACAAGCAAAAGAAGAUAUGGAUAAACCAGGGCUUAAGGCAAUGUUGCAAAAGGUUUUGCAACUCUAUGCAUCCAGAGUUCUCUCCAAACGUAGUUAUGCAAGGAAAGGAGAUGAAGUUCUGAAGGCCGAGCAGUUUCUUGAGACCAUAAUAAAAGCUCCUGAGGAAGAGUGGAACAAGCUUUUAAUUAAUGGCAUGACAAUUGGCAAGGGAGAAAUUUCUCCUGAUGAAUUAUAUGCUGUCAUUAAGAAAAGAAUUGAGCGGAUGUUGAUCAGAACAGAGGGAGGUUCUUACCAGCAGCGUGUUCUUAAUGAAUAUCUCAAGGGCAUUGAAUCAAGAGCAGAGGAGAUUGUCCAAAUGCUUCAGGGCAAGCCAUAAGAUUAAUAGAAUCAAAAACAGAUUCCAUUAAUGCUGUACAAAAUCUGCAAAGAAGUUUCUCAUUGGAAUCAGAGAAGAAAGAAAAGAAGAGCAUUUGAGAGGAAAGAAGCUAUAGAUUAUGUGCAGCAUGCUUAUUGUAUUUCAAAAUGUCAGGUAAUUAUCUUCCACAGCCCCAAGAUAUCUUUUUUUUUUCCCCCUUUUCUGUUAGCCAUUUUAUGUAUUUUUUUUCCUAAGAGUUGCCCAUUCAUAUUUAUUAGUCGUCGCACCGGUGAAAAUAAAAUAAUAAAAUAUCUUUUCUCA